AUACCCCCCACCACUGUAACCACACAGUGACGUCAGAGCCAGAGAAGAUGGCGGCUGCACUGAAGGCGGAAGCAGGGGAGAGCGGGCGGUGCGUUGCGUGAGAAUCAUCCCGCAUGGACUCGUCACCAUGAGCAACAAGGACAUGGUUUCCACGGAGACAGAGAACAAAGUGCAGAGGAAAGUGUUUCUUCCCAACAAGCUGCUCGAGUGUCUCCCCCGCUCGUCCACGCUGCCUAACGAGCGUCUGCGCUGGAACACUAACGAGGAGAUCGCUUCUUACCUGAUUACAUUUGACAGACAUGACGAGUGGCUCUCCUGCAGCCUGAAAACCAGGCCGAAGAACGGCAGCAUCAUCCUGUACAACAGGAAGAAGGUGAAGUACAGGAAGGAUGGAUACUGCUGGAAGAAAAGGAAGGAUGGGAAGACGACAAGAGAGGACCACAUGAAGCUCAAGGUCCAGGGCAUGGAGUGCCUGUACGGCUGCUACGUCCAUUCCUCCAUCGUACCGACAUUCCACAGACGGUGCUACUGGCUGCUGCAGAACCCAGACAUUGUGCUGGUGCACUACCUGAACGUGCCUUCCCUGGAGGAUUCUGGGAAAUGCAGUCCGCUGCUGUGUGCAGUGGCCGACCGCCAUGACAGCGUGAGGUGGAGCCGAGAAGAUCUGCUGAACCAGCUGAAGCCCAUGUUUCACAGUAUGAAGUGUUCUCUGGGCUCAGGUGACUUCAGCAUCGAGGAGCUGGUUCAACACAUCCUGGACCGACAGAGAACCAAACCCCAGCCUCGCACACACACCUGUCUGUGUAACACAGCCCAAGUGUCUCCAGGUGUGAACAUUCCUCAUCGCUGUAACAGCACCAAGCACCGCAUCAUCUCCCCCAAGCUGCCCCCCUCCUCCUGCAGACCCUCCCCCUCCCCCCUCUGCUCUGAGGGGGGGGAGGCAGCCGGGGGAGGAGGGGGAGGAGAAGCCAAGCUGCCUCACCUCCAGGCUCGGAGCAGCCCAGCCUCUUCUCCCUGCCCCGCCUCCAGCUCGGCCUCGUCGCCCCCCCCGCCCCACACAGCCACCGUCACCAUGAGCAACCACAGCAACGGUUUCUACGGCGACCGGAGCAGCCACCUGACGACCGUGGCGCUGCCACAGAAUGCUGUCAUCGUCAUGGCAACAGCCAUCGCUGGAGGGGAGGGGGUCAGAGGGGACGAGGGGGGACAGGGGAGGAGUCUGUCACUCACCCGUUCGGGGCAGUUGCUGCUCUCCCCCGCCCUCCCCCCUUCUGAAGGCACGCCCACCUGCCCCUCCCCUCCCUCCUCCCUCCCCCCUCCCACCGUACAGGCGCCGGGUGUCGCCACCCUCUCCCUCACCCUCCUCCCGUCUCCUGUUAUCGGAGGCAUGCUCCUCACCCCCUCGUCCUCCUCUACCUCACUCCGCUCCCCUGCACCUCCUGCCGCUGCCACACCCCCUCCCCCCCCCUCCUCCCCUUCACCACCUCCCCUUCCCCCAUGCCUUCCCCCCGCCUUUGACCCUGACUCCUUCCUAAACUCCCCCAAAGAGGGUCAGACAUAUGGUGGCCCUCCUCACCCCUCCUCCUCCACUCCCUCCCCUGUCCUCUGCUCCUCAUCCUCCCCUCUCUCCCCCCCCUCACUCGCGCUCUCCCUCUCCCCCACGUCAACCCCUCCCUCCUCCGUCUCCCCUCCCUCCUCGCUCUCCUCUCUCUCCUUCUCCUCCUCUGAUGCGGACAAGCGAGACUCUUCAUCUUCCUCUCCACCUUCGUCCUCCGUCCCCCCUUCCCUCUCCCUGUCUCCCACCUCCUCUGUGGCCCCGCCCCUCCUCCCCCUCUGCCUGGAGCUUGCUGCUCUGGGGCAGUCUGAGGGAAGGAGGGGGGAGGAGGAGGUGGGGGGCGAUGAAGAGGAGGUGAAGGACCGUAGAGACGACGAUGACGAUGAUGAAAGCAGAGCUCCUCCCACCAAACUGGCGCUGCUGCAGCCGAGCCACGCCUCCUCUGCUUCGUUGCUACAGCAACAGACAGGAAGUAGCGCUGCGUCGCUGCUCCUGGUUGGUCAAGACUCGGCAGCCACUCGUACCCAGCCGGCCAAUCAGGCGCAUAGACAGGCUAAUGGACAGCAUUCAUUGGUUCUGAGACAGCCCUACAGUCAACAGUCUGCCACUGGAGCCCCGCCCCCGGCGCAGAUAUCCCAUCAGCCCCUGGGGCUGCAGCAGUCGUCACUGGUUCCAGCUCACCUGGCAACGUGUCAGAUUCAGGUGAAGGAGGAGAGUGGGCGGGGCUACAACUCGGAGGACGCCUGCAUGGACACUCCCCUGGAGGAGGAGGCGGGGCCCUGCGAACAGGCAGGGGAGGAGCUUGACAUCUCCUUCGACAGCCAGUUUCCUGACCUGAUCUCUGACCUCAUCACAGAGGAGGCCAAUCCCGUCGCAGCUCACCCCCCCACCGCCGUCACAACAAACCCAGCUGUGUUUGCGGCAGGGGUUCGAUACAUGGUGCCCCCCCAGCCCUCUCCCUCUUCGUCCUUCCUCCCCUUCCCUCACCCUCUACCCUCCCCCUCCUCCAGCCGCCUGGCCUCUAUCACCGACUUCUCCCCAGAGUGGUCCUACCCCGAGGGGGGUGUGAAGGUGUUGAUAACGGGUCCGUGGAGCGAACUGUUGGGUCGAUACUCGUGUGUUUUUGAUCAGAGCACCGUCCCUGCAUCUCUGAUCCAGCCUGGAGUACUGCGCUGCUACUGCCCCGCCCACGAGGCUGGUUUGGUUUGUCUGCAGGUUCUGGAGUCGGCCGGUUCCGUUUCUUCGUCUGUUCUGUUCGAGUACCGAGCGAGGAACGCCAGCUCCCUGCCCAGCUCGCAGCUCGACUGGCUCUCAUUGGACGAUAAUCAGUUCAGGAUGUCCAUCCUGGAGCGUCUGGAGCAGAUGGAGCGGAGGAUGGCAGAGAUGGCCGCCCGUGAUAACAACCAGCAACAACAACAACGGCAACAACAACAACAACAACAACAACAACAACAACAACAACACAGCCACCAGCUGGCAGCACCCCCUCCACCAACCCUACCUGAGGAGCAGGAACAGUCCUCGCAGUGGUUUGAGAGGAGGAUUGUGGGAGUUUGUGAACGAAUGAUGAGGGUCGGACGAUGGGGAGGAGGAGGAGGAGGAGGAGGAGGAAGAGGAGGAGAAGGAGGAGAGAGGCUUCAUCACUCAGUCCGUCACCGUGGGAUGACUCUGCUCCACCUGGCUGCUGCACAGGGAUACACACACCUGAUCCACACUCUGAUCCGCUGGAGGAGCGUGAGCAGUGACAGUUUAGACUUGGAACAGGAAGUUGAUCCUCUCAACGUCGACCACUUCUCCUGCACCCCGCUGAUGUGGGCGUGUGCUCUGGGCCACCAGAGGGCAGCGGAGCUCCUCUACAGCUGGAACAGUCUGGCUCUGGGGAUCCCUGAUUCGCUGGGACGUCUGCCACUUGCUGUCGCUCGCUCCCGAGGACACACCCGACUCGCCACGGCGCUGGAGGAGCUGCACACACAACGCACAGUGCCUCACAACACGCCCAGGGACACACACAUGUCUGAAGCAGACACACCGGCCACGCCACAGCCGCCCCUGUCGCCUCUGUCCACGAGCCCAGACACAGGUCUGAGCUCGUCCAGCAGCCUCCCCUCGCCCAGUGACCCCUCCUCCUCCUCCCCGAGCUCUGCCUACUCGAGUGGCCCCGCCCCCAUGGACACCUCCCCAUCCUCCCCUUCUUCUUCUUUCUCCCCCUCCUCCUCGCUGCCUGUCUCCCCUCCCUCUGCCCCCUCCCCCCUGCUGUCCUCACUUCCUCAUGUGUCCAUGUGGGGGGAAGAGCCCAACGCUGGAUUCCAUGAAACCAUGUCUGAGCCGAUCGAUGUCACAGGUCUGAACCCCGGAGGUUCCAGAGACUCUUCUCCGUACCUCAUGGACUAUGAGAGCGCCUCCCCCGGCCACACGCAUGUUUACACACAUGCACACGCCCACACGGCCGGCGGGCGGCGAGUGCACGCCGCGGCGCGGCUGGAGGAGCAGCUGUUGAGCUACAGCGAGAACGAAGGCGAGGAGGAAGAGUACCUGGAGGAGGAGGUGCUGCAGGUUGACAUGGCAACACUGGCAGAACAAAUCAUUGAGGCGACACCUGAGCGAAUCAAGCUAGAGGACUUCCCCAGGGGGGCGGAGUCACCUCUCAGAGAAAGACAGGACACCUGGUUGGCUACUUACCUGGACACAGUGGACACUCACACACACUCCCCUCCCAGGCGGGUGUGCCCCCCCUCACCUCUAAGUGCACUAGCCCUCCAGAGGCUCCGCCCCCCCUCCUCUGCAGCAUGGGCGGAGUUCCUGAACGCCUCAGCCAAUGGGAAGAUGGAGAGAGACUUCGCUCUGCUGACGCUGACGGACGGGGAGCAGAGGGAACUGUACGAGGCCGCCAGGAUCAUCCAGAACGCCUUCAGGAGAUACAAGGGUCGAAGGUUAAAAGAGCAACAGGACAUCGCUGCCGCCGUCAUCCAGAGAUGCUACAGGAAGUACAAACAGUUCGCUCUCUACAAGAAGAUGACGCAGGCGGCCAUCUUGAUCCAGUCCAAGUUCCGGUCGUACUACGAGCAGAAGCGUUUCCAGCAGAGCCGGCGGGCGGCCGUCCUCAUCCAGCAGUACUACCGCAGCUACAAGGAGUACGAGCGGCUGAAGCAGGCGCCGCGAGGAGCCGCCGGCCACAACCCCAAGAUCAAGGGCUCGUUCUUGACAAAGAAACAAGACCAGGCAGCAAGAAAGAUCAUGAGGUUCCUGAGACGCUGCAGACACAGGAUCAAAGAGCUGAAGCAGAGCAGGGAGCUGGAGAGAAGAGGACUAACAACUUAAACAUGUCUCCAUCUUUCUUCACCUGACGAGAGGAGAGAGAGAAAUCCUGUCGUCCUUCUUCAGAUUGACUCUGAUGAACAAAGAGACAGAGACCGACUGAUGAGGAGGACGGAGGGACAGAGACAGACAGAGGGACGCCUCACCCCCUCUGUCUGUCUCUGUCUUCUCUCCUGGUAGAAUGUCUCUGCAGUUUAGAAAGAGCUGCGCUUGAAAACGUCUCGCCCUCCUUUUUGUCUUACAGGCAUAAGAUAAAUGUGUUUUUUUUACCCUGAGCAGAGUCUUGCAGGAAGACAACACUCGCUGUUCUUCAUUUCAGCUUCUGGCGUUCAGAAGGUCUGGAGACGUUUCGUCCAAUCAGCACAUUUCACGUUAUAUUUGUUGAGUCUUAUUUAACAGCUGCGAGCUAAGCAUGCUGGGAUAUAGUGUCCUGCUGAAAGGGGGGGGGGGCUUCUGUUGAGGGGCGGUGCUUUCUGUGGCUCCUUGGAGGCAAAGCUCAGGGCAAACAGCCCUGAAGCCUCUGCUGAGGGGCGGUGCGUUCGAGGGCCGUCUGGACAAAUCAGACUCCAGAUGAAACAGAAGCUGGGGAACCUUUUUGAACUCUUGAUGUUGAGUCAGAAACUGAACAUGAUUAUAACAAAUCUAUUCAAACACAAUCACGUAUAUUAACAUAUAAAUAUAUAUAUAUAUUCUAAAGUGGAAAUUUAUAGAGCUAUGGAUGUUUUAUUUAUUACAGCAUGAACUGUCAAUGUGAGAGAGAGAGCUGCACUGACUGAGGUCGAGUCUUAACGAACCCUCGUGACCUCUGACCUUCACACAAACAGAACAAAGUUCAAAUGUGAGGAAACAACAUGACCGAGUCCCACCUGAUGUGACAUCACUUCCUGUUGAUGUCAUCAUCUGGACAGGAGCUGAUCACAGGUCAGCUGCUUUUCUAAAAACAGAACAUGGAGGAUUUUAAUCGAACUUCAGGCUGUGAUGUCACUGAUGACAUCAUAUCUGUGCUGCUGAGGUCAGAGGUCAGAUCGGGGGUCAACCCGUGUUUGAAUCUGACGCAGUGGCAGCUGGUUUCCAUGGCAGCCCGAGACUGAACCAGUGGCUGUUGUCACGGUAACCACGGUGUCCUGCGUCAUGACGACUUGUUUGAACUUUUUCUCGUUGUUUCUGCUGAAGUGAAGUUUUGCAUGAGUUUGUAACGAACAACAAUAAAUCAGCUGUUUGCUACCGA